GAUGAAGAAAAGUCGGGGUCUCUCCGACUAUCUUUGGGCCUGGACCCUUAUUCUGAGCACCCUGUCGGGAAGAAGCUAUGGGCAGCCCUCCCAAGAUGAACUUAAAGACAACACCACUGUCUUCACAAGGAUUUUGGACCGACUGCUGGACGGUUAUGAUAAUCGUCUGAGACCAGGUUUGGGAGAGCGUGUAACUGAAGUGAAGACUGACAUCUUCGUCACCAGUUUCGGACCAGUUUCAGACCACGAUAUGGAAUAUACAAUAGAUGUGUUUUUCCGGCAAAGUUGGAAAGAUGAAAGAUUAAAAUUCAAAGGACCCAUGACAGUGCUCCGGCUAAACAACCUCAUGGCAAGUAAAAUCUGGACUCCAGAUACAUUUUUCCACAAUGGAAAGAAGUCUGUGGCCCACAACAUGACCAUGCCUAAUAAACUCCUGCGUAUCACAGAGGAUGGCACCCUGCUGUACACCAUGAGGUUGACCGUGAGAGCUGAAUGCCCAAUGCACUUGGAAGAUUUCCCUAUGGAUGCCCAUGCCUGCCCACUAAAAUUUGGAAGCUAUGCUUAUACAAGAGCAGAAGUUGUCUAUGAGUGGACUAGAGAGCCAGCCCGCUCAGUGGUUGUGGCAGAAGAUGGGUCACGUUUAAACCAGUAUGACCUUCUUGGACAAACAGUUGACUCUGGAAUUGUUCAGUCCAGUACAGGAGAAUAUGUGGUUAUGACGACUCACUUUCACUUGAAGAGAAAAAUCGGCUACUUUGUUAUUCAAACAUAUCUGCCGUGCAUAAUGACCGUUAUUCUCUCCCAAGUCUCCUUCUGGCUCAACAGAGAGUCAGUACCAGCAAGAACUGUCUUUGGAGUGACAACUGUUCUGACCAUGACAACCUUGAGUAUCAGUGCCAGAAACUCCCUCCCGAAGGUGGCUUAUGCUACAGCCAUGGACUGGUUUAUUGCAGUAUGCUACGCCUUUGUUUUCUCAGCUCUGAUUGAGUUUGCCACAGUAAACUAUUUCACCAAGAGAGGGUAUGCAUGGGAUGGCAAAAGCGUGGUUCCAGAAAAGCCAAAGAAAGUGAAGGAUCCUCUCAUUAAGAAAAACAACACAUAUGCUCCUACGGCAACCAGCUAUACCCCUAACUUAGCCAGGGGUGACCCCGGCUUGGCAACUAUUGCUAAAAGUGCGACCAUAGAACCGAAAGAAGUCAAGCCUGAGACAAAACCGCCAGAAUCCAAGAAAACCUUUAACAGUGUCAGCAAAAUCGACCGACUGUCAAGAAUAGCCUUCCCGCUGCUAUUUGGAAUCUUUAACUUAGUCUAUUGGGCCACGUAUUUAAACAGAGAGCCUCAGCUAAAAGCCCCCACACCCCAUCAAUAG